AUGGAAUACAUCAACAGCUUGAGAAGCCUCCUCGGCUGGCGCAACGUGGCUGGGGCGGCCAUCACCUACUACGCAACCCUCGCCUUCUAUCGCCUGUUCCUGCACCCUCUCGCUCGAUUUCCCGGGCCGAAACUGGCUGCCGUCUCGCGGUGGUACGAAGCUUACUACGAUGUGAUUCAGAACGGACAGUAUACCAAGAAAAUUGCGGAAUUGCACCAGCAAUACGGCCCCAUUAUUCGCAUUAGUCCCUUCGAACUGCAUGUGAUCGACCCAGCGUUCUAUGACAAGAUUUACCGCAACGAUGGUCGCUGGGACAAGUACCGCUUCAUGUACGAUGCUUUUGGGGCGAAGAGCUCCACUGUCUUCGGCGCAGACCACGAUGCCCACAAAGCCCACCGCGCCGCGAUAGCCCCCCUAUUCUCCAAAGCCAAGGUUGUCUCUCGGCAAGAUCUCAUCCGCAAAAAUGUGGACAAGCUCACCAACCGGAUCGAGACUCUCGCCGACAGCGGAACCACGUUCAACCUCGGCGCAGCGGCCAGUGCCUUCACCAGAGAUAUCGCAAACGAGUACAUUACGGGCAAGGAAUACAAGGAGCUGGACCUGGAAGACUGGGGCAUUGGUCUGUCCAUUUCGUCCCAGGGAGCAGGCGUGUUCUGGCGUACAACGAAACACGUCCGCUGGUUCGGACCGACUCUGAGGUCCAUCCCGAUCGACUGGGUCAUGAAGACAGCCGACGAAGGUACCCAGCAGUUCCUUCGGUACCUCCAGCAAUCCGAAGCAGACACCAAAGAAACCCUAGCUGCGGCCAAUUCUUCCGAUCCCAAGGACAACUCCCAAAACACCGUAAUCCACGAGAUUGUGCGCUCCAAGCUCCCGCCUUCCGAUAAGACGUUUGAGCGCAUCUUUGAAGAAAUCGCCACCCUAACAGGCGCGGCCUUCGAAACGACCGCCAACGCUUUGCGCCUUAUCCUCUUCAACGUCUACAGCAACCCCGACAUCCUCCGACGCGUCCGGGCCGAGAUCGUGACGGCCGCAGCUACCUCGCCCGACCCGAUCCCGCUGACGACGCUCGAGAAGCUGCCGUACCUCACCGCGGUCCUCAUGGAGGGCAUGCGCCUGAGCCCGGCCAUCGGCACGCGGUCGCCGCGCCAGACCGACAAGGACCUGGUUUAUGGGGACUGGCGUAUUCCUGCUGGCACACCGGUUGGCAUGACUACGCUGCUGAUGCAUACCGAUGAGAAGUUCUAUCCUGACCCGCUGCGCUUUAACCCUGACCGAUGGGUGGACCCUGCGGACCGGAAGGCACUCGAGAAGGUGUAUGCGCCGUUUUCCAAGGGGACGAGGAUUUGCGUUGGGAUGCAUAAACUCGAAGCCAGGUAA